AUGCUGACUAGGAGUAAGGAACCCUCGAGCAGGUCGCAAAGUAUUGCGUCUAGUAUGCUAAUGGCCGAGGACAAGGCCUAUGAUAAUGUCGAUAUAACUAAAUUAUAUGAAGCAGUAUUGAAGAUAACCAUAUUAGAAUAUUGUAAUGAAGCGAGAUUUAGGACUCCGAUAAUAGAGGCUCCACAGCCUAAUUCUUCGAAUGUAUCGGUAAAUUCCUCAUCUACAAAUUCCAAGCUUCUGAAAAGCUCCAAGUCCUCUGAAAUAAGUGACCCUAAGCUCCCGACAUAUCUAUUGGCAAGCUUAGAGACCAGGUUGAAUUUGAUUGCUAUGAAAAAAUCAGGAACCCAUCUUGACGAGAUGACAAGGAGAUCAUUAUUGAGAUUGUACAGUGAGUUGCUUGAUCCGAAGUUCAAGGCAGAUGUAGCAAGUGUUAAUAAACCAGAGUAUUUGGUGAUGAAAUUCGUGUCGUGUGCUAAUAAAGAACUAGUUAAGGUUGGUACUAUACCAAGCAGUGAAAUGAGUUCAGUUAUUUUUAAACAGGCAGGGAGUUUCGUGCAAAUUUUGAUAAGUUUGAUUCAAAAAGACAAGAACAGUGAUGUUAUUAUUGCAAAAUUGCAAGAACAUAAGGAGUCACUCAAGCCCAGCAACAAAUCAAAACCAACGCAAUCGACGGCAUCUUCUUCUACAGCAGGUUCCAUAGUAAAAUAUCCUCAACCAUCCUUCAGAAUAACCGAUAUAGAUCAAGGAUAUAUUAAUUUACUUACAGAAUUGUUCUCAAUCGACCAGGUCAAAUUGCAACAAGAUAUUUUUAAAUUUAAAGAUCUAUCUCAACCUAAAGCAUUGCAUAAAGAUAUAAAUCAAAUUUUAUUCUACUUGGAUAAGGACUUAGGCCAGUUCACUUCAAAGAGUUUCUCAAACGAAAAGGCGUAUGAUGAAUGGAAAGAAAGAGAAAAGUAUGGUUGUGAACAAUUAAUGUCGAAAUAUCAUAUACCCUCUAACAUGAAACUUUUACCCGUUCCUCCGCUACCUUCUGGCGAAGACUUCUAUGUCUUUCCAACAUCUUCAUCGACGAAGCCUUUCUUCGUAAUAUUGGCAAAAUUAUGUCUUGAAUAUGAGUAUAAGACAAAUUCCGCAGAAUUAUCGUCUUUUGAUAAACCUUUUUUCUCAAAACAAGUUCAGAAUCUUGUUGGUAUUUGUGCAAGAUUCUGGAGAAUUGAUUAUCCCACAAGAGCAGUUUCGUUGUAUACGGCUUCUCACUUAUCUGGGAUACUUAAAGAUCCAUUCUUCGAACUGAGCAAUGCGAAAGAACUUGGACCAAUAGACAUUGAAAUGUCUACUAAGAUGUUUUUUGCUUGUAAGAGGAUAAUUGAAGAACAAGGAAAGUUAGACUGGGAUGAAAAGGCUAACUGGUCCUUUAAAGACCAAGAUGAGUGGAUUAAGAAUUCAUCAUAUUCAUACAAUGAAACAUUAUUUGGAAUCAAAGAGUCAUUAGUACAAAUUUUCAAUAAGUCAUCUAAACCAAAGUUUGGUCCGUAUUUGGCAUUUUUGGGUGAUUUCUUAGAAUCUGAUGUGUUAUUUCCAUCAGUAGAAGAUAUGGGAUUGCAUAGAAAGUGGGAAAAGAAGCUAUCAAAAACUUUGCUUAGGACUUCAGAAAUCAGGUAUGCUGAAUUGCUAAGCAACUUACCUCGAGACAACACCCUUGACAUUAUUCAUAUUUUGGAUAUUUCUGAUAGCAUUGUAAAUGACAUUAGGAUGUUACAAAAGAGAUAUAAAAAUCCAUUGCUAGGUUUUUUGAAUGUUUCUCGUACAGUGGCAGCCGUUAUAACAGGUAUGUUUGCUGCUGAUGCAAAAAAUAUUUUGAAACACAUCGACGCAUAUGCAAAAACUAAAAAUCAAGUUUUACCUUACGGUGACAUAUUGGAGGCAUAUAAAUCUUUAUAUGAAAUACGAGACAUACAUAAUCAGGUUUCAUCAACAGGAUCAAUUUUCAAGUUUAAUUUGGAAGGAUUUUUUUAUCCCUUCUUGCAAGAUUGGAUAACAGAAAGUGGUGAGAAGAUUUCUAGCAUUAUCCACCGAGCUAUGACUAAUGAUGACUUCCAACCUAUAGAUUUGAAUAGAGAUGACAAAAAGUUUAGUUCUUCAGUAUUGGAUAUUUUUACAUUAAUCAAGGAGUUUUUAAAGAUCUUGAAUAGCUUAAAUUGGUCAAAUGAGUUCCAAUUAGCUAAAAUGUACACUACUUUGUUGAAAAGCAUAUCCGACGGGGUGCUUUAUUAUGCUAACACCACGUCGGAUAAAAUCAUUAAGGACCUAGAUGAGGAAGAACAGGCAAAACUCGCUGCUGAGGCUAAUAAUGAUUCAUUAGAGAAAAGGAAAAGUGCUAAUUGGUUCGAUGAAGUUAAGAACGUUGUUUCAAAUAUUCAGAACAAUACCAAUAAAUUUGAAAUAGCUGAAUCGUAUAACUUCAAACCAGAGCUAUGUAUUGCAUUAAAUAAUCUAGAUGCAAUGAUGCAACAAUUGACAAAGUUGGAAGAUAUGCUAGACCCUGAGAUGAUUUCUAAUACUGUUGCGGCAUUCGACCCUAGCUUACAGAAAAAUUAUACUAGUCAUAUUUUUUCAUUACGAAUAAUCAAAGCUGAAAAUUUGAAGUCUGCCACUUCUUCAUCAUCCGUACAUCCAUAUAUUACUAUGAUUGACACAAAAGUUCGAAAAACAAUUGGUAAAACUAGAACUAUCAGUAAUAACUGCAAUCCUGAAUGGGACGAAGAAUUUGAGUUGACAAUUCCUGCCAAUUCGUCACUUACUAUUUCGACAACAGUUUGGGACGAGAGGUUUGGUACACAUUCUAUUUGCGGUAGAGCUCUAUUGCAAUUAGAUCCAAGAAGAUUUAAGCAUGAUGGGAUUCCUCAAGAAGUGUAUCUCGAUUUAGAUUCGCAAGGUAGAGUAUUGAUAGAAAUUGCAGUUGAAAGUGAAAGAGUAGAUGCAAUUUUUGUUAUGGGAAGAGCUCAUAGGUGUUUGAAAAGAUGUCAAGAACGAUGCAUUAAAUUAAUUGUUGAAAAGUUUUCCAGGUUCAUUCAUUAUUGCUUCUCAAGAGCAAACUUAAAAUCUAUAUGUGGGAGUAAUGGAAACAUUAAACCUACGCAAGAGCAGAUGGAUAACGCAAUGAUGCCAUUAUAUAAUUACUUGAAUCUGAAUUUGCAAGUUUUAGCCGAAUAUUUAAGUAAACAUUUGUUAAUGAAAGUUAUGUUGGCUACCUGGGCGGUGGUGGUUUCGAGUGCUGAUGAGCUUUUGUUGCCCAAACUAGCAAGUGCGACUACAUUUCAUCUUUCAAACAUUGGUUCUAAACUCAAGCCCAAUAAUGCGACUAAUUCCAAUAGUGGUUGGCAAUCGGCAGUUAGUUCUGCGAUGGCUAAUGUCACUAAUUCCAUUGGGAUCAGUGGCUUUGGAAAGCUGUUAACGAAUACAGAACUUGAAACAGUUUUCGGUUGGCUCCACUUUUUAUGUUUCGAUUUCUUUCAUAAUGAUGGUAACGGACCACCAGUUAAAGAUUUAAAAAAUGAGCAAUAUCAAGCAUUGUUACUUGUCCCAGUUUAUUAUGAUGGCGAUGUCAAUUAUCUAACUCUGGAAGUUGACCGAUUAUCACCUGCCUUCGUCAUGAUGUUGCGUGGUAGAAAUAACUUCGAUGACUCGCCAUCUUCAGAGACAAAGAAGACAAAGAACGGCCAAAGAAGUAUGAGUAGAGCCGGUACGAUAGUCAGAAAUAAAACAAUUGUAGCCAAUGCUACUGCCAAAGCCAGAGCAAAGGCUGAUAAAGAAGCGCAAGAAGCGAAAUCUGAUCCCAUCGCUGCACAAACGUUAACUGAAGAUAUAAUUCUUAGACUUUUGUUGAUUAAAGAUGAAAAGGCAUUUGUCGCUCGAAGAUUAGAACAGAGAGAGAAAAUGGCACACAGUAUUGCGACAGAGAGGUUAGCAAAAGCUGCUGCUGAAGGUAGGUUUGCUAGACCUUAA